AUGGCAUUCCUGUGGGUAGUUGCCUGUCUGGCCCUUGCCAGCGCCGUCUCAGUCCUGAGCUUUUGGGUCACCCUUGUCCCCUGUGCCUCUCCUGCAGGCUGCGGGGUGCCUGCCAUCAGUCCCUCGGUGGCCUACAGCGAGAGGAUUGUCAACGGGCAGAAUGCUGUGCCCGGCUCAUGGCCCUGGCAGGUGUCCCUGCAGACCACCACAGGAUCCCACUUCUGCGGCGGCUCCUUGAUCAACCAGUACUGGGUCGUCACAGCUGCCCACUGCAACUUCAACCCUCGUGCCCACGUUGUGGUCCUCGGGGAAUACAGCCUCGCUUCCAACGCCGAGGCCGUUCAAGUGAAGACCGUGUCCAGGGCCAUCACCAACCCCGGCUGGAACCCCAACACCAUGGACAAUGACAUCACCCUGCUGAGGCUGUCCACGCCCGCCCAGCUGGGAGCCCGUGUGUCCACAAUCUGCCUGGCCCCUGCCAACCUGGUUCUGCCCUCCAACGCCUGGGCUGUCACCACCGGCUGGGGACGCACCAACCCCAACUCCCAAGCCUUGGCAGCAGUCCUGCAGCAGGUGACCGUGCCCCUGAUCUCCCAGAGCCAGUGCAUGCAGUACUGGGGCAGUCGCAUCACCAGCGCCAUGAUCUGUGCCGGUGGGGCUGGUGCCACCUCCUGCCAGGGUGACUCUGGUGGACCUCUGGUGUACCAGACUGGGAAUGGCUGGACCUUGAUUGGCAUUGUCUCCUGGGGAACCUCCAACUGCAACAUCAACACGCCGGCCAUGUACACUCGUGUCAGCCAGUUCCGUAACUGGAUCGACGCCGUCGUUGCUCAGGGGUAA